AGGCUCCCUCUCGGUCUCUUUGGGUGUGGGGUCAGGGUGUUUAUCCAUGCAUCUCCAUGCUCGCUGGUUGGUUGGUGUGUAUGAUUCAUGGGUGAUACUCCCUCUUGGAAACGGAGAAAAGGGCAGCAGACAAACUCAAAACCAACAGAGCCGGGGUAUCAGGGCAAGAGACAUGAGGGCUUUGGGAUGGUUCAUGUUAAAGUGCCAAAAAGGGGGCGGGCUGUAGCAUUGUCUGUGUUUGCAGGGGGCCAUUAUUAACCUCCGCAUCAUGGUGUCACAUGCUCGCUGCUGAAGGCAGAGAAGGACAAACACACAGAUGGAGAAAGCUUGCCAAAGGAGACACACUCUUUCCUGCGCCUCUCAUUUCCUGCUUCUUGCUCUCCGACUAAUAUCCAAUUCUUUUUACACUUUUUUGGUGCCGGCUUGUCAGCAACCUCUUUUUUUGACUUCACUCUUCAGCUUUUCCUGUGCUUGCUGUGUUUAAUGUUUCUUCACCGUUGCUUCCUGGCUCCUUCCUGACAAAUCUUUUUCCUUUAACUUGCUUUCACUUUUUUCAAAAGUUUCCUUAUCUUCCUUCCAUCAUUUCCACUCUCUUGUCUGCCGUCUUUUGGAUGGAUAGCUACUCUGUCCUCUACAGUUCUUCCCACAGAACCGGACUUCUCUCUGGCUUCCAGCGCCUUCGCUCACAGAGGAAGAUGUGUGAUGUUGUCUUACAGGCUGGCGGCAUAUCUUUUCCCUGUCAUCGCGCCCUUCUAGCCAGCUCCAGUGACUAUUUUUGGGCCCUGUUUGGAGAGACUACUGCAGAGAGAUUAGCAGGCUCCAUUAGCCUCCCUGCGCUAACACCAGAGGGCUUAGAUGCCAUUCUGGACUUCCUGUAUUCAGGUUGGCUCAGCAUCUCACCCUCCACACUUCCUGUUGUCCUGGAAACAGGCAGGUACUUGCAGGUGGAAACAGCUGUGGCGAUAUGCGAGCGUUACAUGACUGAUGGUUUAAAUGCCAAGAACUGCUGUGACUAUGCUAACCUGGCUGAGCGCCACGCCCUCUCAAAUGCACUUGAGGCUGCCAAUCAAACCAUUGCCAUGGAGAUGGGAAGCUUGAUACAAGAAAGCAGGGACGAUCUCCUGACGUUGAAUAUCGAAUCACUGUUGGCGGUUCUGGAUGCUGAUGAGAUACCUAGUGUUAAGGAGGUGGAGCUCAUAAAGCUGGUUCUGGAUUGGCUGGAUGAUAACGGGCCCCUCCCACUCCUGAAAUCAAAUCUUUUGUUGAGUCGUUUGCGCUUUGGAUUGGUCCCCCCGUCUGACCUCACAAAUAUCAGCCAUGCCCACAGAGCCAUGGCCACACCUUUAAUAAGGAGCCAGCUGACACGAGCAUCCGAGUACCACAGGCUCGGUUCAACUCAGCCCAUCAGGCAGAGCCGGCAGACAACGCUUAGAGCAUCACCCAAUUGCGUGCUUCUUGUGGGUGGCGGGUCCAGCACUGAUUGGCCAGAAAAGCAGGUGAUGGCGUUCGAUCCAAAGAGAAAGAGGUUUUCAUCUUUGACUUGUGUUCUUCCGCUGAGACUGAGAAAUCCCUGCGUGUGCUCAGUGGGAGGUUUCCUCUUUGUGAUUGGAGGAGAUGAAGUGAAAGAGGGAGAUGAAGAUGAGAAAAGGCUUGUUACUGUAGCAACAUCCAAUCAGGUGUGGCGGUACGAUCCUCGCUUUAGUUGCUGGGAGCAGGUGGAGUCCAUGCUGGACAGGAGGGCACAGUUCACUUGCUGCGUGGUAGAGGAUGUUAUUUAUGCUUUGGGCGGACGACACACACGACCAGACACCAACACACAUGCCUCUGUAGCUUCUGUGGAGUUUUAUGAUAUAGCCACAGGAGCAUGGAGGAAAGGGCCACCAAUGCCUCAGACACUUUACGGCCAUGCCUCUGCUGUGCUUGACAACAGCAUCUAUGUGUCAGGUGGUGUUCCGGGUAACUAUAGUUACACUCAGGAUGAAAGCAGGGAGAGCAGCAGAGAGGUCUUCUUCUGGGAUCUUAAAGGCAGAGUCUGGGAAAAGAGGGCAUCCAUGUCCAUCGCCAGGUUCAGUCAUCGCUUGGCAACUGCUCAUGGCUACAUCUAUGCACUGCUGGGGAUGUACGAACCCUUCUGUGAUAUUGAACGAUACCAUCCACAGUCAGAUCACUGGAUGCGACUCAAGCCGCUUCUCACUGGCUCCUUCAACUACGGCAUGGUAUCCAUGUCAUCUGGGAAUCUUCUGGUUUUCGGAGGGAGAAGGUGGAGUAACGGGCAGGAGGUGGUUGUGAAGAGUGUGCUGGAGUAUGAUACAAAGAAAGAUUGCUGGAGAGAGAUCUGCCAGCUUCCCAGACCUCUCACUGGGACUGAGUGUACGCUGCUGCCUCUGCCAGACUAAAGAGCACAAAAAGUGAGAAAUGUAUUUUACAAGUGCUGAGAGCCAGUUCCUAAAGUGAGAAUUUCACUUUGAGUGGGUGUAAUAUGGUAUCAAAAUGCUGAGCAGAUGCUUUAAAAUCAACCACAAUGUAGUACAUUUUACCCCCAUUUUCCCCAGGCUGUUCAAACUCUAGGUUUUGGGUACUAAAACACAGAAAUAAGGAUAUUGCUCAUAGUUGAGCAAUAGUCUUUGGGCCCUGUGCGGGAAACUAGGUUGGGGGACAUGAAAUGUUUACUACCACGCAGCCCUUAACAACUUCCUCAGUUGUAAUACUUUUAUUUUUUAAUAUUAUUUCUGGUCUUUCUGGUCUAGGGAAAAAUAUCAAACAACUAGUUUUCUCCUACUAACAGCUAGCCUAAGGCGUGUUGUCUACACUUAUUUGCAUUUGACACAUGAAGGUGUACAGCAACAAAGCAGUUUGGUUAGCUUAGCAUAAGGCACACAGCCAAACACAGUAUAUAAUUUUUAACACUUUUAUGUCUACAUUGAUUAAAGAUGUAGCCUAAGGUUUCAUUUAAUUCAUUUUAAGCUAGCUGUUUUUUCUGUUUCCAGUAUUUAUGUUAGGCUAGGCUAGGCUAACCUUCUUCAAGAUAAUCCAAAUAUUUCUGAUCUAGAGUUAUAUAAAAAUCCCAAACAAAGCUCAUAUCUUUUUCCUUAAUAGAAACCCUAAAGGUUUUAAAUAUUUUGUGUAAUAGGUGGAUAAAGGCUUUUCUCUGGUUUCAUUCUUUAAGAAACCUAGCAACUACUAUUUUGUAAGAAUUAUUUGUAAUGUCUGAACGGAUACACUCACCAAAGACUUUUUUAGAAACACCUUUCUAAUACUGGGUUUGGAUUCCUUUUGCCUUCAUAACGUUAUUCUUCAUGCAUAGAUUCAACAAGGUGUUGGAAACAUUCCUCAGAGAUUUUGGUCUAUAUUGACAUGAUAGCGUCAUACAGUUGCUGCAUAUCUGUUGGGUUCAGGUCCAUGAUGCUAUAAUUGACUGAUUAGGUAUUGCAAUAACAUAACAUUUGAACACUUGAAAAAGUCGCAAGUGAGCGUAUAAUCUUCAUAAACCCCUAUUUUUUAUGACAAACAAAAGGCUAAUGCUGGUUAGCCAUAGCAAUGCUAGCUGAUGUCCCUAUCCCAGCUUUUAUGAUAAAUUAUUGUUUACUGCUGCUUAGUUCAACACUUGUAGAUUUUCCAGAAAGAUAUAUGAGAAGACCAAUAAAUAUCUGUGUGCGUGUGCGCCCGCGCCCACACGUGCAUGCAUUUGUGUUUGUGUUAAAUAUGAAGCUAGUGCCAGUAAAACUAAGCUUAUAUUAGUUUAACAGAAACUUUAACAUAACCUUUAAAAACAAAUCUGAUAUUUAGAGGGGGUUUUUUAUUAACCAAAGUGACUGUUUUUUUAUUUUAUUUACAAAUUUAUUUUAAUUUAAUUUAUUUAUUUAUUAGGUUCGGUUCUAAUCCUGCUGUCACGUAUUUAUUUAACAUUAAACAUUGCACCAUAGAUUAGAAAACUGAUCAGUUACAUGUGUAAGCUAUUUAUGACCAGCAGUAUCAAGGGACAGAGUUGGCGGGGAGCACACUGAGUAACCUCUAAUGUUUAAGUGUAUGAAGUGUAAAGUUUCAGAGCUCUAAUAUGUGUCUGUCAGUUUAGAAACAAACAGCAACACCGAGGGCAAACUGAGCAGUAACACCAAUAUAUUACUGGCCACUUGUGGGGAUCAAAUCAUAUAAUUAACUAUUUCUGUAGCGUUAGACUCACUAAUCUUAUUUACAGCAGGAGCAAUGUUGUGUUUUACUGUAUAUAAUCUAUGUUCUUUAUAGAUCCUUAUCAUAUUGUCUCUGAUUGGAAUAGCUGGUCAAUUUUGUGCAGUCAAAUAUCAAAUGGCCCUUUUAUGUGAGCUAACACUAAGAAACCUUGGCUCUGUUGAACUUGGCUAUGUUAAACUUCUCAAACCAGAGCUCUUUUUGCCUUCUACAGUGGCUCUCUGAGUGAAUGAAUAUGAAUAUGAAUAUGAAAAUUGUGUUUAAAAGUUAAAAGCAGUUAAUCUUAGUUAAGUUUUAAUCUUCUGUUAACUAAAAAGUACAUCGCACCCAACAUCUAUCACCUGGCUUAUCAUUUUACUUUAACUCAACCUCAAUAGCAAUGCCUAGCAUGGGGAUAUAUAUAUAUAUAUAUAUAUAUAUAUAGUCCUGAGUUUCCCCACCACUUAUUGGAUUCCAAAGCCAAAAGCCAGAGUGGAAAACAGAGAAUUUAAAAUACAGAAUUAAAAAUUAAAAUGUAACAAUUUGUGGAUAGAUUUCUUUGCUUUAUUCCCCAGUGCUGCUGGCUUACCAAUAGCCUUGAUCUGUAAACUUUAAGUUAAUAUUAUUUUUACAAUUUGUAAAAUGAUUUAGCUGUAAAAUUUGAUUAAUUUGAAUGAACACAGGUUGAAUAAUGAAACUCACAUGUUCUCCAGGUGGCAUGGUUUUACAGCAUAAAUAAAAAAAACUCUCUCAAAGAGGAUGUUUAAGUUCAAUUCAAUCAAUUUUUUUUAUACAGCGCCAAAUCACAACAACAGUCGCCUCAAGGUGCUUUAUAUUGUAAGGG